AUGCUACAUUUUAGAGCCGCUAAGGAAAAGACACGUGAAAAGAAAGCUGUGAAAAAAGCAGAGAAAACGAGGACCGUAACGAAACAGGGACCGAAGCAGAAGGUUCCAAAACCGAUGAAAAUGUCGGCGCCGAGAGUUGGCACUCUCCGUACCGAUCGUCUCUACGUCAUGGAUGCUCUGAAGGAUUAUUAUUGUACCAUUUUUGCGCUUACUUAUUCCCCAUGCUGUAAAUACCUGUGUGCGGCCGAUCGUUAUGGAUUCGUAACGGUUUUCAGUGGAACCUACGAGGGUAAGAUCAAAGGCUACUGCUGGGAAGACGUAAUCAGUCGUACCGCGAAACGGUCUUGGUGUCUGGAUUGCAACAGUCAGGACAAGAAAUCAGACGUAUUUGAAGUGAAUGCCUUGCUGAUGCACAACUCGUCAUUUUUAAGCAAUCAAAUACGAUUUUCUGCUUUUCAGCGAAUUCUGUGUUCUGCAGGCGGUGAUUCGAACGUCUAUUUCUGGGAUUUAGAAGACGGCUCACUUGUGGGCAUCUCUAAAGGCCACACAGAUUAUCUUCAUUGCAUCUCUGACAAUGGACCGAACGGAGUGAUUUCAGCUGGAGAAGAUGGUCAGAUCCGACUUUGGGGUACGAGUCUCUGUCACAUGCUUUGUCCUCGUGCCGUCGUGUUUGAGAUAUUUUUUGGCUUAGAUACACGUACCUAUGAGUGUCGCAGUGUUCUUGAACCGUACAAUUCCGAUUGCGCUCGUCCGCAGGUCGGAAAGUGGAUUGGCGCGUUGGCAUCUGAACCGCAUUGGCUGGUAUAUACUUUAAGAUGCCCUGAACUUGGUCUGUGGCACCUGGACUCCUUGCAGCUCGCCAAAAUAUUACCGGCAAGUAAUUCCGAAUCACAUUGUGCCGCGAUAUACGAUGACAAGAUAUUCACCGGAGGUAGCCGCGGAAGCGUUUUCAUAUGGGAUUUUAACGGACAGCUCUCACAAGAAAUCAACGUCACUUCGUCGUGUGUAUAUGCCAUGGCACUUAACGCAAAUUCUGACAAAUAUAGAGUAUGCUUUCUUCGUUUGUGUCUGUCGCAUAUUCGUCACACCUUUACCUAUGCUGUUCCAGGUGUUGGCUUUGUCAGGCUCCGGUUCUUCUAUCGACUUUCUGCUGAAUUAUUCGUAUAA